GACGUCGACGCUCACGAUCAUCCUCACCGUCGUCCUAUCAAGCAGCACGUAAGAGGAUACGCACAUUCGCGCCAGCUAACGGAGCAUACCCGGAGUCCCACUUCUACAUUGAGAAUACAGACGCGAUCGAAAAGCUGGGCACGUUUCUGUUCGAACGAAAGUUUUGCCUCGUAUGUGGGCACAGACAGAGCGGGAAAUCGACCAUUGCAUUUGCUCUGAAGCGGUGGCUUUACAGCUGUUCAUGGGCGUCCGAUUUUGCAAUAUGCUACAUAUCUUUCAAUAGUGGAGUUGUAUUCGACGAGGGAGUCGAAAAGUUCUGGUGGUCGAUGCUUGACUCGUUACGUGUCGCAGAUCGGAAUGUAUUUUCUUUCGAUAAUCGUAAGGGGAUCGCAACAUCAACUGCCUUCAAGGAAUUCUUCUCGAAGACAUGUUCUUAUCCGCGAAAGCCUACAAUUCUUAUCAUCGAUGAGGCAUCGAAAAUGUAUGAUUUAGGCAAGAACAAUGUCGAUGUCAACACCGACAAGAUUAUUAACGAAUUCAUCGCGACAUUGCGGGAUCUUAGAGAUGACCGUGAUCAGUACUGGUUGUACUCUGUCGUACUGCUGGGCACCGAGUCAGUCAGGGAGGUCCUGGCCACCCGUCAAAGGCCUGGAUCGUCUUCGUUAAUAUCUCCAUUCUCUGCGGAGGCGAGUUUCGACACGGUCCGGUUUACAGUAAACGAGAUUGAGGAUCUACUUCGCCAGUUUUCCGAGGAAAACGGGUUCCAGCUCGAUCUAACUGAAAUUGCUGCAGACAUUUUUCAUCUCACCUUUGGACAUAAGGGACUUGUUGGCUUAUGCGGAUUUUAUCUCGAGUACUUUGUUGUGAACGGCAAACGCAGUGUUUCGUUCGAUGACUGGACGAAACACACUACUGUUGAUUUACCUAUAUUCGUAAUGGGACAGGCAACCUACUAUUCCAUCAUUCGAGCACUCAGACACCUUUCGGUGAAUCAGACGAAAAUUCUUGGCCUGGUCCUCCGCGAUGGAACCCAUAUAGCUUUUCGGGACGAUAAUGAUGUGAAGUUCCUACUAGCGGAGGGAAUGGUAGUAAUUCAGAAACAACUGAAUAUUCGAGAGGUUAUAAUCCAGUGUUCUGCACCCCUUCUUCGGAGCAUGAUGCUUUCACACAUAAGUGGGCCUAGAGUCGACCUAGCCGAAAAUGUGCCAGAUGUUAAUGUUCUUGAUGCACAGUGGUUGCUGGAGCGUACCAUCGAAAACCUAUCCAUUCAGCAUAUAUUCUCUGAGCAGACCGCCAAUGCAAACAGCUAUCCGUCUGACUACGCGUUUCAGUUCGAAUUUAUCACAGUCUUCAAGUGCCUGCUUUCUCGGGCCCAUCCACAUCUUCUCUACCGCGUUCUUCCCGAGGCGAAAGAGUUUGAUGAAGAUGGUAGGUGGCAUCAGCGACUAGACAUACUUCUUCGUAAUGGCAACCAACCUGCAUAUGGAUUUGAACUCGUCGUUGCGGCGAGUAGGACUGAGUUUGACAAACACUGCGUACGUGCUAACGAGUACGGUCGAAACCAUAGCUGUUCCAUGUACAUGGUGAAUCUCUGCGCCAACGAGAAGCUGGCAGGGUACUUUGGACCGAGAAACGUAGCGAUUACUCCAGUACAUGUGAUUUUAGAUGUAAAAAGGGGGGUUGCACAUCUGGUAUUUGAAAACGAAAAAAAGUCCGUGUCAAUCAAGGGUGGUGCGUGGCAAGUGGUCUUUGAAUAA